UUUUAUUGUGGUGGGUAUGACAGCCGUAGGCUUGUUAGUUUGACAGAAGCUCCUUGUUAACGGUCGAUGUGUUGAAUGCCAGUUCGACUGCUCACAGUUACAGUAGGUUUGAUCAGCGGAUAAAGUGACAAUAUUGAGAGUAUAAAACAACAAUUUUGGAGUCCUCACUGUCCCAAUGGCAUCUGCUCAGAGUUUCGUUUCUGGGUUUUCUCUGGACCUGGGGCCUCUGAAAGAACCUCUCGGGUUUAUUCGUGUCCUAGAAUGGGUCUUCACUAUCUUUGCGUUUGCCACCACUGGAGGUUACUCUGGAACAACCCACGUAUCUUUCAGAUGUCCAACACAAAGCCCGCUUGAUGUCAAAGCUCUGUUUGGCUACCCAUUCAGAUUGCCAGCACACCCAUUUAAGAUUCCUAUAUGUAACAGCAGUCAAUUCAACACCACCUACCUCCAGGGUGACUUCUCCUCCUCUGCGGAGUUCUUUGUCUGUGUUGGUGUGUUUGGGUUCCUGUACUGCACCGCUACUCUGAUCCUCUACUUGGGCUUCCAGAAUGUCUACCGUCAGACCAGUCGUGGUCCCAUCAUUGACCUGCUGAUGACUGCUGCCUUUGCUUUCCUGUGGCUUGUGUCCUCCUCAGCAUGGGGCAAGGGCCUGACUGAUGUCAAAUGGUCCACCAGCCCCGACCACCUAGCAGAAUUAUACCCACAUUGUGAAGCUGGAGAGUUUCCUUUCAUGGGCCGCCUGAAUGCUUCAGUGAUCUUUGGCUUUCUCAACUUGAUCCUCUGGGCAGGAAACUGCUGGUUUAUUUACAAGGAGACUCCUUUCCACAAAGACUCCAGCCAACCAACCACAGUGGAGGAAGGAGGAGCCCCUGGGCCUCAACCCUUUCCCUGAGCAUCCUUAAGAUUAGCCAUUUCCCACAACAUGGUGCCAUACAAUGAUCUCUUAUGUUAACCUGCCAAAAUGGAAACAAAAGAAGGCCAUCUGUUAUUUACCCUCUCUUCUGCUCCCAUCACAUAGCUUAAGGUUUGGCUUCUCUUCAAACAGCUCUUUAUGUCAUCUUUCUGUAAUAUUGAGUCUUUAAAACACUAAGUGCAAAUACAAACUUAAAUGUUUUCACACUGUGUAAUCUAGAACAUCCAGUUGGUUAGUGAAGCAAACCUGUAGUGCAUUUUCUUCUGUGUGAGCUCCUCCAUGAUAACCCAUCCAAGUAGGUUUACAAUCGUGACUUUUGCUGAACUGUGGCCACAGUUAAUGACAAACACCAGACAACCAAUGGUCUAAACUGUUGAAACACACUAAAUGUUUGUUGUUUUUUGGAGGGUUUUCCACAGAACACAACUGUACCUUUUUAUUCACACCACAGUUUACUCCAAAAGUUUUUCUUUUGUAUUUCAGCCUAGAAAGUGAACAAUUAUGAGUUGUUUUUAUUUUCAAUUAAAUUCUAGAUCUAGGCAGAAUUUCAGUGAGCCUACAGUGGAGGUGAAGGAAGCAUCAGGGCAAACUUGGUCUAUUUCCUGUUAUGUAAUGUUGAACCUGCUCAGUAACACUAAGCAUUAUCUUCAUUUGAACCAAAAUGUGCCUUACUGUGAUAUUAUUUAUGUACAGUUCAUGUGAAUUUUAUCAACAUUAAUUGGUCAACUGGGUUUUUUAAGCUUGCCUUCUGUUUUCUCAGAAGAAAAGGUUCAAUAUGCAGCUUCUCUGUGACUACUUUUAUUUCCUUAUUUUUUUAGUCCAGUUUAAAUUCUCAGCUAACUAUGUUUACUCUAAUUGUAAGUUUUGAAACACCAAGCAUGUUUGAUGGACAGAUGUCUGUCUCUCUUUAUGCCUCCUGCUAUCAGCUAAAAAAUACAUGUAACCAGACAGGCACAGACACUUAUGUUUUGGUAUUUGAUUCUUGCAUUGUACCAGGAAUGAAUGUAAUUGUGUGGAGGGAAUUUUGGAUGGCAUGUUUUAAACACUACCAGGGCAGUAUGUCAUAUUGAAAAUGAUUGAUUUCAAUUAAACUCUCAGCAGCAGUUUUAAAAUUUACUUGCACACAGUAAUAUGUUGUAUGUUCCUCUAGUGGAUUAUUGGCAAUGAACUUUGUUCUUAUGUCUAGUUUGCACAAAAGGAAGCAAUUACUUUUCUGUAUUGAUGCAUGUUAAAACACAAGAGCUGCACCACUG